CUAUACAAGGAAGUUUACAGUUGCUAGUAAAGAUUGUCGUACAGUAGCAAAAUACGUGUGAGUACAGUUACAGCCACCUGUAACAGCUUAUGUAAAGUUAUCUUCACUGUAAGACAGCCACAGUAACGGACACCUACUUACGCUAUGGCUCUGUUUGACAACUGUUUUGUGGUUUUGGAGCUGAAGAAUUUGCCUUAUAAGGAGAAGAAUAGGCUGAAGCUGGCAAUAACAGAGAAUGGGGGCAGCAUUUCCUAUGUGAUCAAUAAGCAGUGUACUCUCGUAGUGACGAGCAGUAUGUCCAGUCUGAGCUCCAGUCGGGUGCGGAGCAUGAAGAAGCAUCAGACUCCAGUAGUAGGGGUGGAGUAUGUGUCACUCUGCCUGGAGAAGGGAGUCCUGCUGCCUGUAGAGGACUACUGCCUGCCCCCCCCUCCCUCUACCUCUCUCAUCCCACCCAGGCCUGCCUCUCCCUUGCCAUCUCAGUCAGUGUUGAAGCGGACGAGCCAGCCGGCUGAAGUUCAGACCCAGACAGUGAAUGCUGUAAAUCAAGCCGAGAGGGCGGGGAAUCAGGAGAGGACUUACCUGGGCAAAUUCAGAGUGUAUACUGAAAGUGACAAUGAUCUACCAACAUAUCCAACACAUUUCCAAGUGGCCAAAUACUCCAUUUUUGGAAAGGCUAACAGCAGCACAUGGUCGGUGUUGGAGCUGCAGAGUGGCAGCGCAGAGGGGGGACAGCAGCAGUACCGUGUGGUGAGGUACUGGAGAGAGGACCAUGGUGCUAAGUCAGCAGCUGUGCAGGACAAGCAGGUGUUCCUCUCCAUGUCAGAGGAGGCUGUGGAGGUCUACCAGACUCUCAGGAAGGAGCUGCAGGUCAGAGGACUCACACUGAGGACCACCCUCCCUCCAGAGGCUCCGGAUCUGGGCUCUGCCAGCCUGCAGCAGCUGCUGUUGGAGGAGAAGCUGAGUUGCAGCAGCCUAUCACAGGAAGUGGGCGUGUUCGUGGAGCUGCUCUGGGCAGAGGCUCUUGGUUGUCUGGACAACGUCCUCAAGGUUCCAAUCACCAGCCUCAGUCUCAAUGACGUGAGCAGGGCUGAGGGGCUGCUGCUACAGGUCCAGAGGAAGCUGAGGGCGAGACAGGGGGAAGGGCCAGACACUGAGGUGGCUUCUCUAAUGGAGGAGGUCUACACCCUCCUGCCACACAAAACUGAUCUGUCCCAUCUCCCUCUCCACACUAAACUCAUCUCAUCGCAACUGGACCUCUGCCAGUUGAUCAGAGACGUGCUGAAUGUGAGCGAGGCAACACUGAGAAGCCCCAUCCCUUCUUGUCUGGGGAAGUACCGCGCCCUGAGGUGUAGCAUUGAAAGAGUUCCCCCUGGUCCUGAAUUUCUGUAUGUCACCGAACUUCUACAAGACAGACAGGUGCAGAUCUUGCAGGUGCUGAGAGUAAACAGAGGGGUAGAGCUACAGAUGUUUAGGGAGGAGCUGGGGAAUGUUAAGCCCCUCCUCCACUCCUCCAGCCCCAGCAGCUUUGUGGGGAUCCUGUCUCGGGGUCUGUUGCUGCCCAGAGUUGGAGUGGAGCAUCAUGGGAUUGAGAGAACAGACAUUGGGAACUUGGGCGGUGGCAUCUACUUCAGUGAUGCAAUCAGUACCAGUUUGAAGUACUCUAAGCCCAGUGUGACGGACGGCAGUCGGCUGCUGCUGGUGUGUGACGUGGCGUUGGGGCGCUGUACUGACCUCCAGAAGAGGGACAGCAGCCUGACUCACUCCCCUGAGGGAUACCACAGUGUACACGGGGUUCGCCACACCCCCAAGAAACCCUCAGAGUUUGACGAUGAUGAGUAUGUGGUGUACAGCCCGGAGCAGGUGAGGCUGCAGUAUGUGGUACAGUUCAGACUGGAGGAGGACCAGCUGAAGAACUUCCAGCCCACCAUAGAUACUUCUUCUACCGAGCUUCCGCUUCCUGUCUCUCCGUCUGACCUCUUGUCCUGUGGUGAGGCUGAGGAGGAUGUUGGGAGCUGUAAGAACCCUCUAGAGGAGGUGACUGCAGGCCUGUUGGACUGCUCUGGACAACCACUCCCCCUACAGGCCGUUCAUGUCAGGGCCAGGCUGAUGGAUCUGCUCUCCCAGGUCAUCAUCUUCCAGACAUACACCAAUCAGAGCACCGCCCCCAUCGAAGCCAAGUACGUCUUCCCAUUGGAUGAUUCUGCUGCUGUGUGUGGUUUUGAGGCCUUCAUCAAUGGGAAACAUGUAAUGGGACAGGUGAAGGAGAAGCAGCAGGCGCGUAAAGAGUAUAAACAGGCCAUAGAGAGAGGCCAUGGAGCUUACCUAAUGGACCAGGAUGCACCUGAUGUUUUCACCAUCAGCGUUGGGAACCUGCCUGCCGGUGCCACCGUCCUUAUCAAAGUUACCUUUGUCACCGAGCUGGUCGUCAUGGAGGGCUUGAUCAACUUCUCAUUGCCCGGUAGUGUGGCGCCAUGGCAACAGAGCUCAGCGCUCAACCAGAGGACUCAGGUGACUUUGGAAAAGGUGUGUGUGACCAACCUGGAUUCCCAAGGGGAGUUCAGUCUGGAUAUGUCCAUUGAGAUGCCCAACGAGAUCAUCAACCUGCACUGUCUCACACACAAAGUCAAGAUCAAGAGGACCGACUGUAAGGCGGUGGUGAGGACAUGUCCAGGUGAGACUCUGGGUCCAGAUGGGUUCCUGGUCUGCUUCAGUCUGGCUCAGAUCCACCUACCCAGGAUGUGGGUGGAGAAACACCCAGAUAAAGACAGCCAGGCCUGUAUGCUGGUAUUUUACCCAGACUUUGAGCCCUGCCCCACCUCCAGCCCCAUGUCCGGCUCCAGUGAGGUGAUCCUGCUGUUGGACUCGUCUGAGUCCAUGAGAGGAGAAGCUCUCCAGAACGCCAGGAGAAUCGCCCUGCAGCUUCUGAAUACCCUGGACCACCACAGCAUUCGAGUCAAUGUCAUCUCCUUUGGCUCAGACCAGAAGGAUGCUUUUCUCUCUGCCAACCCUCUAGUCGAGGCCCUCCAACCAGCCAAGAAGUUCAUCAUGUCCUCCUCACCUGUUGGGGGCAACACUGAGCUGUGGAGGCCCCUGCGCAGCCUGAGUCUGUUGCCUCCGUCGCAGGGCAUAAGGAACCUGCUGCUGCUAUCAGACGGUCACGUCCAGAACCAAGCCCUGACCCUGCAGCUGGUCAGACAGCAUGCCCAGCACAGCCGCCUCUUCACCUGCGGCCUCAGCCCAACAGCGAAUCGGCACAUGUUGCGGGCCCUGGCCCAGGCAGGGGGAGGGGCCUAUGAGUUCUUUGACACAAAGACAAAGCACACCUGGCGAGAGAAGGUGGCGUGCCAGGUGAAGCGCAUCGUGUCUCCAGGCUGCAGCUCUGUGUCUGUGAAGUGGCAGCAGUUUAACCCCUCAGCUCCCCCCCCUGUUCAGGCGCCCUCUCAGCUCCACGCACUCUUCACUGACUGCCACACCCUGGUCUACGGCUUCGUGCCACACUGUACACAGGCCACUCUUCUUGGAGACCUGAGUGGUCAGAACAUUGAGACAAUGGUGUCCACCACUGAGCUACAGAAAACCAGGGGCACGUUCCUUCAUAAGCUCACAGCGAGGGCCGUUAUCAGAGACUAUGAGGAUGGCAGUCUUCACACCAACGAGGCUGAACAUGAGGGGAAGAAAUCUGUGAUGAAGUCCUUCAUCAUUGAGCUGAGCAAAGAGUUCUCCAUCCUGUCUCAGUUCACCAGCUUUGUUGCCAUCGAGGAGAGGGACUCAGAGCAGCCUGACGUGGGCUUCACAGAUGUUCCCAAACUGAUCUCAGACGAGGACGUCGACUUCUUACCUUACCUUAGCUGGCAGCAGGAGGAAUAUGAGGGAGAUGGGAUGGACUCGGGAUCAGACUCAAUGUCAAACUUGCUGAAUGGUGGGGCAGGCUAUGUUUUAUGCGGAAAUAUCUAUCUAGAGGCGAUGGGGAUGGGGGAGGAGCAUGAAUCGAUGGUUCAACUCCAGGUGGAUGACGAAUCAUGGGAAGGAUCUGUGUACUUACGUCCCAAAUUUCUCAAUCAGAGGGCUACGGAUGAGGUGCCUCUUGGUAGGAGACUUAAUUCCUCUUACUUAAUGGGCUCUAUGGUCUCAGCCAGCCCAGUGACCUUGUCCGCUGCUACCGAACCUCUAGAUAUGACUUUGAAGAGUGAAGGAACUGUGACGGAUGAAGAGAUGGAGUGCUUUGAUGACAUGGACUUUGAUUUACAGGAAUCUGAACACCCCCUUCGUGGCUCAGUAUUCAUGCAUCGUGAGGCUCUGUCCUCUUCUUCCUCUCCAACGCUCCACACGCAUUCAGGCAGCCAAUGCAUACCAGUCACCCCAUACCUUACUACCAGUAUGUUGCCUAUGGCUAUGAAGACUGAUUUCAUCCCUGAGCUCUCUGAGACCUUCUACUCUCUCCCAAAGAUAAUGAAGUGUGCGAAGAGUAUAAAGGGAGACUUUAGACGGGCGGACAGACACAGGAAGGUUUGUGACGGUCCGGCAUUUGACCCUGUAGAGACGCAGAAGAAGUCUCUCUCUGUUGCUGAUGUGCCUCGUCCUCCUCCCUCUGUUCAUCAUCUUCAGAUCAAGUCUUGCGUUGUUGCUGAUGCUCUUCCUCCUCCACCCCCUGCUUCUGCCCUCAGUUCUCCUGGUCCUCCUCCAUCUCGACUGCAGUCUUUCUUUGCCACAGUUUCAGAUGCUCUUCCUCCUCCACCCCCUGCUCCUGUCCUCUGUUCUCCUUGUCCUCCUCCAUUUCGACCUCAGUCUUUCUCUGCCGCAGUUUCAGAUUCUCUUCCUCCUCCUCCACCCCCUGCUUCUGUCCUCAGUUCUCCUGGUCCUCCUCCAUUUCGACUGCAGUCUUUCUCUGCCGGAAGUUCAGGUUCUCUUCCUCCUCCCUCUGCUCUUGUCUCCAAUGAGUUUCGAGCGAAUAGAUACGAGAUGGGAGUUCAUGCCAGACCUGGAGUUGGGGCUAUCUCCCAUACUGCAACCUUCCCGGAACUGCGAGCCAGUCGGGACCUGCUACUUUCCAAACCCCGAGAGCCCUAUCCUGUGGAACUGUCGUCAAUGUGUGAGACUAGCAAAAUGUGGACCUUGGAUAAUAGCUUAUCCGAGGAUACGAUUUGUGGACUAGUGGAAAUGGACCACUGGCAACCUUCUGUUGUCCCUGCCUCUGUGCCCCCAUCAGGGUUUGGUUUCGGGGGCGGAAGGGCAGGUUCUCAAAGCAGACAACCUCACAGCUCUUUGUUUGGUGCCACAGCCAGUGCAUGUUACAUUCCAGGUUUAUAUGAGGCUUCUUCAGCAGGCGGACCACCUCUUGGAGGCUCAGCCAGAUCAAUGGGGUUAAGUUUUGAGGCACCACUUACUGGCGGACACCUCAGCUCCCUUUCACCUACCACUCAUGGCGCCUAUCUGACCCAAGGGGCCUUAGUUGGAUCCUCUCAGUUUGGUAGCUCUCUCAGUACACUACAACAACAUAAUGUACUACCACAAGCACAAAAACCUCUGGAUAUGAACAAAAACUUACAAAAACUUGUCGGAGACAGUGAAAGGAUGGGAGGUCUUGAAUUCAGGAAGAGAGGUCUUGAAUUCAGGAAGAAUACUCUUGAUGUAGUAAAAUGGACAGAGAUUUUUGCCCUCCAGCACUCGGAAGGUUACUGGGAGUGCUCUGCCAGCCUAGGCUACCUCCUCGGUGUGGAUGUGGACUACUUUGCAAAUGUCUUCCUGAAGAAUAGAGGCAUCAGCUCUCUAGGUGUGAGGGCCCAUGCUGACAUCCUGAGGCUGGUGGCCAGUCUGCUGGUGCUGCAGCUGAUGAGGGUGAGGAGGCUAGAUGAGGGGAAGCUGCUGCUCAGCCUGUUCCGUCUGGACCUGGACCACUCUCCUCCUCAGCCCAGGUGUGAGCGCUGGGAGGCGGUGAGGAGGGCGGUGGACUGGGUGUGUUGGGCAGACAGGGAGUACCCGUGUGUGUGCAGCAGGCUGGAGUUUGGCUGGGACUGGGAGUCGUCCACACGGCAGCUCCUGGGCAUCGACCCCCCGCACCCCCUCUCUCCCCUCAUCCUCCUCGGGACCACAGGGGGAGUGAGGGCCCAAUGACUUCCAGAAGGAUAAAGGUGUAUGACCAGUAUAUACAUCUGCAGCUAUUGCUUUUACUAUUUCACUUAUUACGAGGUUAAGGUACUAUGCUAUACUGAUAACCUCUUCAGUGAUCAAAUCAGUUUUGUAAUUACAAAUCUUUGCAUUUAAAGGUGUGAUUUUAUGUUUUCUCAAAAUACAACAGCAAUCACUUCUAAAAAUGUAUUGAUACUCCUCAAUCUAUGGCCAUGUUCUAUAUCCAUACAGCUGUCAUUGUGUGAUUUCAGACCUUGCUCCAAUGUUCUUUCUGUUUUCUUUGUCUGACUGAAUAAUCCUCUGAUGGACGAGCAGAACAGCAGGGUAAUGUGGUCAUGCUAUUGGUCACUCGGGUUCCUAUUCCAUCCUUAACACACACACCUUAAAGCCUUUCUAAAAGAAUGGUUUGAUUGAAAGUGUCUGUUUCACAAUAUAUAAACAUAGUCAGCUUGAAUCUGUGUGUGUUACAGCACGAAAGUCAAAUCCAAAAAGAAUCCGACUCGCUAGUGUUGUGUUCACCACAAGGUGUCGCUAUAAGAAAGGUCAAGGUUAAUGACUAUUAAUAAAGAUGUAAAUCAAUGCAUACUGGGAGAAGAAUAAGAUGGAUGCCUACGCCAUACAGUAAAGUCACAUUCAUCUUA